AGAGAAAUAGGACAAGUUGACGCAAGUGUGGGAGUGCACCGAAAGGAGGAAUAAACGCAGACACAAGUGCGUACAGCUCAGUCGGUUAAAGCGGUGUGUUUUAUUGUUCCGGCAAUUAGAAAUAAAAAAACCCAGAGGGAGAAGGAGAGAGGAAGACAUUCAAACGGCUAUCUUUCCUGUGGGGGUGUUUAACCAUCCGCUCUGCAACCUCAACAAAAACGCAGCCUUUUGCGGUCUUACGGAAUAGUCACAUUGAAGACGACACGUGUGGAUGCUUAACCACAUGUUUCCUUGGGGAACUGCGGUCUAAUCACCUCCAUCCACAUUGUGGGUUUGUUUCUGGAUUACUAGCUCCUGGAGAUAAACUGUUUCCCUCCUCCACCCUCGGAUCUGCCGUAGUGAUGACAGAGGUGGAUGUUUCUGCAGACUGUGACCCCAGCCGACCACAGGGGCGCACAGAGGACAAAGAGAACCAGGAGAACAGGACUUUAAUGAUGGUGGCAAUGAUUUUAUUGGACUUGAACAAAUGCAACCCUAACGCCAUCAUCAGCCCCGGAGACAGCAGAUGUCUCGGGGGGAGCAGCGAGGUGGAGGACAAGGUGGAGCGGGGGGGCUGCAGGCUGAGCGCCGGGGACAGCCGGGUUACACCCAAACAGUCCCGGAUCAAGAAGAAGGUGGUGAAGGAGAGAAAGGAGUGUCCGGAGAAGAGACACUACUGCCCCUUCACCGGCUGCGGGAAGGUGUACGGGAAAUCCUCCCACCUCAAAGCCCACCUCAGGGUGCAUACCGGUGAGCGGCCCUUCGAGUGCACCUGGCCUGACUGCGGGAAGAAGUUCUCCCGCUCAGACGAGCUGACGCGUCACUACCGCACACACACGGGCGAGAAGCGCUUCAACUGCCCCAUGUGUGCCAAGUGCUUCAUCCGCAGCGACCACCUGACCAAACACGCCCGGCGGCACGCAGGCUUCCAUCCCAGCAUGCUUCAGGGCUCCAGCGCGGCCAAGAGGCGCCGCUGCUCCCUGUCCCUGUCCUCGUCUGAAUCUGGAGACCAAAGCCCUGUGGGGGUUUGAGACCCUCCCUCCUGAUGCACACACACACACACACACACACACACACACAUACAUACAUACAUACAUACAUACAUACACACACAUACAUACAUACAUA